AGCCAAGAAGAGGCUUCAAGUCAAGAACGCAGAGUGGCCAAGACGCACGUUUCCGCUGAGCUCCAUCAUUUUAAUAUAUAAUAGCACAACACACUGCUCCCAGUCGCACAUCCCCUGAUCUCACCCGACCUCUACCUUCUGCUUGCUUACCACUGCGGCAAGAAGAUAAUGGCGACUCGAGCUCUGCUGGCGCUGCGGGAGGCCUGCCCGUGGCGGACCCUGGCCGGCGCGGCGGCGGCCGCAGCGCUGCUGUGGCUGGUGGCUUGGUCGCUGGAGUGGGCCUGGUGGACACCGCGGCGGCUUGACCGGGCCCUCCGGGCGCAGGGCCUCAGGGGCACCAGGUACCGCCUCUUCACCGGCGACGUGAGGGAGGACGCCCGACGCAGCCGAGAGGCGCGGACGAAGCCGCUGCCGCUCGGCUGCCACGACAUCGUCCCCCGCGUGCAGCCCAUGUUCCACGACCUCGUGAAGGAGAACGGGAAAUUGUCAUUCUCUUGGUUUGGCCCGACGCCAAGGAUGAUGAUUCCUGACCCGGAGUUAGUGAGAGAGAUUUUGUCUUGUAAGUUUGGCCACUUUGGCAAACCGAAGACAGCUCGUGUCUGGAAGUUGAUAUCCAACGGGCUUUUUUAUCACGAAGGAGAGAAAUGGGCAAAGCACAGGAGGAUCCUCAAUCCUGCUUUUCACCAUGAGAAAAUAAAGCGGAUGUUGCCGGUAUUUUAUAUCUGUUGUGUCGAAAUGAUUACAAGAUGGGAAAAUUCAAUGUCGCAUGAGGGGUCUUCUGAGAUUGAGGUGUGGCCUGAGUUCCAGAAUCUUACUGGAGAUGCCAUCUCAAGAACCGCGUUUGGUAGCAACUAUCUGGAGUGUAGGAGAAUUUUCCAGCUGCAAGGAGAGCAAGCUCAACGCCUUAUACAGUCUUUCCAAACAAUGUUUAUCCCUGGCUAUUGGUUCGUUCUUCCCCUCCAACAGUAGCAAAACUUUUGUUC